AUGUUGAUGUAUUUGAAGGACUUUGCGAUUGAGUUUGGGGUCUCUGAGAUUGUGAGGUUCGAGACUGAGGUGGUGUUUGUGGGUUUGGUGGAGGGUGGCAAGUGGAAGGUGAAGUCCAAGAGUAAGAGAGGUGAGGUUGUGGAGGAUGAGAUUUUUGAUGCUGUGGUUGUGUGUAAUGGGCAUCAUACUGAGCCCUGUGUUGCCCAAAUUCCAGGCAUCAAUACAUGGAAAGGGAAGCAAAUCCACAGCCACAAUUAUCGUACCCCUGAGCCAUUUCGAGAUCAGGUAGUAAUUUUGAUAGGGAGCGCCACUAGUGCUAUUGAUAUUUCACGAGACAUAGCUGGAGUUGCAAAACAAGUCCACAUUGCAUCUAGAUCUGUUGCUGAUGAAACCAUUGAAAAGCAGCCGGUCUAUAAUAACAUGUGGCUUCAUUCUAUGAUCAAAAGUGUCCAGGAAGAUGGUAGUGUUGUAUUCCGAAAUGGGAGUGUUGUCCUUGCGGAUGUCAUUCUUCACUGCACAGGGUACAAAUUUCAUUUCCCUUUCCUUGAGACCAAUGGCAUUGUGACUGUGGAUGACAACCGUGUUGGGCCUCUGUACAAGCAUGUCUUCCCACCCGAUUUGGCUCCGUCACUUUCCUUUGUUGGGUUACCAUGGAAGGGUGCUCUUUUCCCCAUGUUUGAAUUUCAAAGCAAGUGGAUAGCAGGUAUUUUGUCUAACCGAAUCGCACUUCCAUCACAAGAGGAGAUGAUGGAGGACGUCAAAGCUUUCUACUCUUCACUCGAAGCUUCUGGCACCCCCAAGAGAUACACUCAUAACAUUGCUGAUUAUCAGCCUGGAUACGAGGAUUGGCUUGCAGCUGAGUGUGGCUGUCCAGCAUUUGAAGAAUGGAGAAAGCAAAUGUACUUUGUAGCUAUAGAGAACUUGUUUGCGCGACCAGAGACAUACAAGGACGAGUGGGAAGAUCACCAUUUAGUAUUGCAAGCUCAUGAGGACUUCAGAAAAUACACCUUAAAUGGAGUUGAAAAUGGAUACGUGACAUCAAAUGAUGUCCCGCCCAGUUCAAGGUGAAACAAGCAACCACCAUGUUUAUUUUGAAGUUCAUCUUAAAUAUCCCCGGAAAUCUUGAUGUGUUCCUGUCCCUCAGUAAGGGGAUGUUUAAGUGGUUGGUAAAUUUAUUUUUUUGGUCAGAAGGGUUUGGGGUCUGGUUCGAAUAACAAAUGUAUGUAAUUUUUUUUUUGUCAGAAGGGUUUGCGGUCUUAAUUAAUCUGAAUCAUUGAUUAAUAAAUUCAUGCUUGAAAUGGAA